AUGAAGCGAUUUUUCGGAUUUGGCAAGAAGAAAAAGAAGCAGAAGGAGCGUUUGUCUCCUUCUGAGUUGUCCACGCCUGUUGACGGAGGGUUUCACGCUGCUGCUACAAGCCCUAUGUACCAAUAUGCACGGAACGAGUUUGCUCAGACUGUUGCAUCAGGGACAUCUAAUGAUGACGGAAGAGGAGUCUUGUAUACUUCACCAUUACAGACUCCAAGUAGACUCUUUACGGGUGCAAGAGAACCGAGUCUACUUUCCAAUAAUACAAGCGCCCAAAGUGUGAAUAACAACAACCACAAUUCGUGGACAGUCCCAACAGCAUCCAACGCGCAAAAUAACGAAGAUGACAUACAAAGCUUCGGAGGAUCCAUGCAAACCCAAGGGCAGGCACCGACUGCUGUACCGGGAGCCGGUGGUGGUGAUGUUGUUGAAAGCACCCAAUCACCACUACCAUUCAAUUCAUUGUCUGUGGUCUCCUCCAGAAGUACCAGCCUUUUUGAUCAGCAAGAUCAGUCGGUGGCCUCUUCUUCACGACAACGACAAGGAGCUACUACACCAGCGUACCAACCACCUCAACAAUUUUCAAAUAUGCAAUCACCUGGCUACCACCCUCCCAAUCUGCUAAAAAGUGCAGCCUCACCCGAGUCGGCUUCGCAACUUCAGAACAUCAACAACCCGCUCGACAGUCCAACCAAUCCCAACAAUAUUGACCCAGAUUACAUUGCAGCAUGCUCCGCCAGCAACCUAGGACGACAAGAGUCCCUCUUCUCACAGGAAUCCUCACAAUACCCAGUCAACGGUGCAAGUCAAAUUCCACAUCAAAGGCAUGCAUACAAGAAUCAAUUCUUGGAGUUUCCUGCCGGUAUGGAAUUGCCAAAUGCCAACUAUGAAGAAGAAUAUGGGGACGCCUAUAUCGGUGGUCCCAUACGCUACGUCUAUCCUUCUGGCUAUCAAAGCAUGAGACCUCGCAGUGGACCCUGGAAAUUGAGCAUUGUGAUAUGCCUGUUGUUUACAUGGCUAUCUGUGUUCAUCGUAGGACACUGCUCUGAUCGGGUCGACAGUGAUGUCAGUCAAUACAAUCAAAACGAGAUCGAUGACGAUACGCUUGUCAUUGAAACGCGAUGGUGUGGAAGUCGACUGCUCUACAUGAUGUGGGUGAUCAGCAUGCUUGUGACAGGACUCGCCGCGGCAUACUGCUCCAUCAUUGGAUACAUCAAAGUCCGCGACUUUGCGGUUGCCAAUAGUCGUAGUCAGCCUCCUGGAGUGGUUGGCAAGAGUGACUUUUAUGCACAAAUAGACGAUGCCAUGCCUCCCCCUAUUCAAGAAACUUCUUCCCAAGGGUCUUUUGCUUCCACUCAUCAGCGGAAUCAUUAUCAUGUGCCGAUUUACCAGGCUGAUGGCAAUCCUCAGUUUUGGGGAGGGCACAUUUAUCGCCCUACUCAAGCGGCUGUCGCGUCUGUGGUGCGAUGAUGAAUACUGUACGCAAACUACAGGAGACUUGAAAUCAAUAAUUCUAUUAGACAAAGGCCUUGCUAGCCUGUACCAAAAACU